AUGAAUACUAAUACAGAAAAAUAUAAGGAACACAAUCAAAUAGAGCAUAAUAAUGAACAUGCAAGACUAGAUGAUCAAGAUGUAACAGAAAAAAACAAUUCGAGUUUCAGAGAGAAAAUUUGUAAUGUGUAUAAAAAUAUAACUAUAGAACCAUGUUUAUUUUUGGUAAUGACUGCAUCCACGUUGCACACUAUGGCAUCGCAGAACCUGAAUUUGGAAAAAGCAUGUAGAGUGAACUUAAACUUCUCCACAGAAAUUUGUGAUUCUUUGAUACAACAAGACGGUGAGGCUCAUAGUGAUUAUGAAAGAGAAACACAACAACUGAUAGCCAACACUCUUGUAUGGAAAACUUAUUUAACGGCAACAAUGAUCUGCAUUCUUGCGCUUUUCGUCGGUUCCUUCUCUGACAAAACAGGGUACAGGAAACUUUUCUUAAUCCUUCCGAUAACCGGAUACUUACUCGGUGGUAUCAACAGCAUAAUACAGGUGUAUUUCUUCUAUGAGACCACGUUGGAAAUGCUCGUCCUUUCUGGGGCUAUUAUUGACGGAUUGACGGGAGGAUAUUGUAUUUUAUUUAUGAUAUGUUUUGCAUAUAUUAGUGAUAUUACUACUAACGAGGAUAGAACCUUUAGGGUCAGCGUUCUAGCCUUUUCUGUACUACUUGCCUCUCCCUUUGGAUGGGUGCUAAGUGGGGUGUUAUUAAAUGCAUUAGGGUACUACGGUGUGAAUGGAAUAUUUUUAUUGUUGAAUGCAGUUGCUAUAAUUUACACCAUUUUCGUGAUCAACGAUCCAAAGAAAAGUCCUGAACAACAAAAGUACAAGGGCGCUAGUUGGUGUAAGUUACUCCGUACUUUCUUCAAUAUAUCAAAUUUGAAAAAUGCAUUGAAAAUAAUAAUCCGCAAGGCUCCUAAUAGUAGAAGGUUACGUUUGUGUAUCCUAUUACUUAUGGUGUUAGUAUUAUACGGAUCAGUUUACGGUGAAUCAUCAAUUAUGUAUUUGUUCACGAGAUACAGAUUCCAAUGGGAUGAAGUCCAAUAUAGUUUCUUCCAGAGCUUUAAUUUAUUCACUAAUUUAAUUGGUACAGCGUUGGCAAUUUUGAUUUUCGUCAAAUAUCUUGGAAUGCACGAUUCUUUGCUGGGCAUCAUAUCUGUAUUGACUAAAAUAGUCGCCUUGUUUGUCUACUGUUUUGCUCAAACCGGACUCGUAUUUUACUUGGGACCUAUCAUUGAUACAAUAAACGGGAUGUCAAUGGUGGCUGUACGCUCAAUAAUGUCUAAAUUGGUUGAAGCGCAUGAAAUCGGGAAACUUAGUUCUCUAAUUGGAAUAGUUGAGAAUUUAUCGCCUUUGAUGUACAUGCCGCUUUACGCGAAGGUGUAUUCGGCAACGAUGGAUGUUCUACCGGGAGCAGUGUUUCUCGUAGGAGGUCUUCUGAUGGUUCCUGCUCUUGCUGUACUAUGUUAUUUAUUCUACGAGCACAAAAAGCAAGUCGGUCAAUCUCAGUCUAAUGAAAGUCAGCUUUAA